CAGCGGCGGUUGCAGCAUCGCGGCUGCCGCUGACAGCGCCGCGCUCGCAGGUCCCUUCCCGCAGCUCCAGCGGCUUCUGCCAGGAUUUUCCCAGGUCCAGCCCCCCUCGUCCGCCUCGGAUUUAGGAUUAACUCGCCUGUGGAGAGAUGGUCUUAGCUGAAUUACUUAAAGACACUUAAGAGCAGAUUUUUCACCAGUAAUCAGACUGCUUUAUCAAUGGAGCCCCGGAUUCCCCACAACAUCACCGUUGUCCCCAACUCUGUGAUGGUCCAGCCCUUGCUGGACAGCCGGAUCCCCUAUGGGCGGCUGCAGCAUCCGCUCACCAUCCUGCCGAUUGACCAAAUGAAGACAACUCACAUCGAGAACGAUUACACCGACAACCCCACCGCUUCCCAGCUGGCAGCCCAGAAGCGUCCCCGAGCCCCCCAUGAACUGGUCUUGACCAACCAGCACCUGCAGCGGUGUGAGCAGGAUGUCACCCACCCCUGGAUUUCCUUCAGCGGGCGUCCCAGCUCCAUCAGCAGCAGCAGCAGCACGUCUUCAGACCAAAGGCUCUUGGACCACAUGGCCCCAGCACCUGUGGCGGAGCAGUCCUCCCCCCGAGCGGUUCGCAUACAGCCCAAGGUGAUUAACUGCAAACCCCUGGACCUGAAGGGACCCGUGUCUCAGGAACUGGACAAGCACUUUCUACUGUGCGAAGCCUGUGGGAAAUGCAAGUGUAAGGAGUGCGCGCUGCCCCGGACUCUGCCUUCCUGCUGGGUGUGCAACCAAGAGUGCCUCUGCUCGGCACAGAACCUGGUCAACUACUCCACCUGCAUGUGUCUCGUCAAGGGCGUCUUCUACCACUGCACCAACGAGGAUGACGAGGGCACGUGUGCUGACCACCCCUGCUCCGGCUCCCACUCAAACUGCUGCGCCCGCUGGUCCUUCAUGAGCGCCCUCUCCCUGGUGCUCCCUUGCUUGCUCUGCUACCUGCCAGCCACCGGCUGCGUCAAGCUGUCCCAGAGAUGCUACGACCAAGUGAGCCGGCCCGGAUGCAGAUGCAAAAACACAAACAGUGUCAUUUGCAAGGCACUGCCGGAGAGCAAAGGAAGCAGGCCAGAAAAGCCCUUUUGAUAGUUUGGGAGGACGGGGGGUGGCGUUGGCUCUUUUUAAUAACCUGUGUUCUGAGGAUGACAUUAGCCUUUUGCCUUCGGAGAAAGCAGAAGCAACUGUUUCCACAAACUGAAGCACUUUGGGUUAUUCAGGGUUUUGGAACUGGUCAGAAUUUAAAUAGAUGGGGCCAAAGGAGGAAUCUUAAUAAUGUAGAGUGAAGGCUGAAAACCUACGUAUAUCGUGAAGUACAGCUGCUUAAAAACUCCCGGUUCGGAGGGACGGACGGCUGCUCACCAUGCCUGCAUACCACAAGAACCAUUAACUGCUCGCUUGGCAGGCACGGCCGCACCAGCAAUACCUACUCCCUUCUGCAGAAAGCUGCACUGGAUUCGCGUUCAGGGUGGGAUGCUUGGUUUUGCUUUCCUUCCAAACUCCAGUUUGCUCCCAGCAGCCUGCUGAAGGCAACGGGUUCACUCCCUCCUUCCCCACCCGCACACCGUUAGAAGGGCCAGUUGCACACAAAGUACGUGUUUCUCAAAAGCUUUCUGUGUCCCUCAAAGAUUUUGAGCCAGAAGUAAAAAUACAGUUCACUUGCUUAAGGGUCUCUUAACAUUCAGACAUUCAGCUUUCUUGGAACCCACCCGGCCACGUUGAUUUGGACCCUCUUUUUUAAAGCAAGAUGGUAGCAGGGUUGCUCCCUCCAUGGGAAGAAUGCGUUCAGGCGGUUGUGUCAACACCGUGUCGUUCUCCCUGUAAGCUGAUCCGUAGCAUCAGGUUUCACUCAAUGGAAUAUUAAUUUUACAUCAACACUACAAACCCGCUCCAGAAGGAUGGUGGUCGAAUCCCGUUUCCCCAGCACGCCGCUUGCUCCCCACUGCUGGAGCAAAGGGCGGCUUAAUUUCCACAAAGUGAAGACGUUCAGUGUUUGCUUCUCUAAACCUCUCAAGCUCUGUUAAGAAGUCACAAAAACCUAAGCAUAGGACACACAUAGGUGUAUUUUUAUAGGGAUAUCAAUCCAGUACCUCCUCUCCUGGAACAAGCUCUUCUUUGCUCAUUAAAUAUUAAGUUCUUUUUAAUUUUUUUUUGUCUUGGGGAAGAAUGGCAUUCGCUUGAAGUACAGCCCGUUCCCCCAUCUCUAUUGCUGCUGUUCAACUUUUGCCUCCUCUGUCCAAAAGUGUGUCUUUUUAAAUGUAGAGAGUGCUUUUAAUGUUUAUUUUAGUAUUAACAAAUGCUAGGGAAAGCCAGGGGAGGGAAGAGAACGUAUUUAAGAAAUUUGCCCGUGGUUUUCAGUCAGUGAAUAUCACUGGCUUUGUCCGUGCACUCAUCCUAGGGCCAGUUCUGCGUUCUCAUGAGAUGCAGUAACCCCUUUAUCUUGACAACUACAAGGUGCUAAAGAAAAAUCUUUGUCCAAACAUGCAACACUGUAAUAUGUAGGUAGGUACUUGUUGCAUGCAGAAAACUGAUCUAGUCUCUCUUUUUUUUUUUUUUUAAUUAGAGGAAAUUUCCUCAGUAAAUGCACAGCAGUGACAGUGAAAUGUCAUCUCUAAUUAGAUAAGCAAUAGGCAGAGCUCAUGUAGCAUUUCCAGGAAUCCCAUUUGCUUGGCCGCAAUACAGUUGGAGCGUAAGGGUUGGCAGGAGCAUGCUGAUGGGAGUUCUGGUGUCUUUUGUUUUAGGAAUUCAUUUAACCUGGAUGACUUGGGGUUUAGUUAAGCUAAAUUGUAGAUAUUUAUUGAAUGGAGAAUUUAAAAAAAAAAAAACAACCAACUUUCUAUAUUUAUAACAUUUGCUAGCUUGUGUCUGAUAAAUCAUAGGAAAAGGGAUACUACAUCUGUCACCAGAUACCAAUUCCUAUGGUUUAUCCUCGUCUUGACUGUAUGGGGACACCAGAAAGAAGGAAGCAGGUGGGGAUCCAGAGCUGUAUCUGUUAGCUUGCACAAAUGAGAAGGGAAAGGGUAAAAGGAAAACCAACCCCAAACUAGCUGAGCUGUUGGUCGAAUGUAUAAGGUAUUGUAUUUAAUAAGAGAAAACCUUUUCCUAUGAUGCAAACAGGCUACAAAACGCAGCAGGAGAGCUAUUUACCUGCUGCCCUCCUCUGCUGGGACCAUACAUAUCCAAACGGCCUCCACCUAUGGUUGUUUUGCCUUUUUGACCCUCUGUCCUUGGCUGUUCCUGGGGGAUCUGUGCUGAAAAACUGCAAUAGCAAAGCCCGUGGUUUAGAUGCAUGGUCCUUGCAAGCAAAUACAACGCUGGAGUGGUCGCCACUGUGCCAAUCUACACUCAUGUAUAUACACCCAGCAAUCCCCUAUGGAUUUCCUUUCAUUGUACAUAGCUGUAAACUAUUUCUCUGUUGGUUUCUUUUAAUAUAUAAAUCCUGCUAUGGUGUAAGCCGAUCCCGCGCUGGAAGGCUGUAAAGCGUUAGUGGAUGUGUUAGAGCAGUGGUAAAUGUAGCAGAGCGACCCUCCCUCUCCUCCCGGCGCAGCGGCCGGACUCUGCUCCAUCACCUCCUGGCCCAACACACGGCAAAAACUCACUGAGCUCUUUGCAGAGGGCUCGGAAAGGCUCGGGGCAGCCGAAGCGGGGGCUCUGCCGGUGGUGCUGCACCACGGGGCUGGCGGAGGGUACGUCUCCGGUCAAUAAUGUCUUUAUUCCCUUCUUUUUCCCCCCCCCAACGCCUCUGUUCCCCAUCCCUUUUUAAGGUACUUGGGUCUCCUGCCACCCCUCAGCCGUACCGCGGGCACGGUGCCGUGUAACCCAGCCCCGGCGAGGGCAGGGAGGGGGCAGCUCUGGCCAUCCUCCCUGCAGGUCGUGUGCCCUCCUUGCAAACUGACGAACGGCUGCUAAUUAGCACAGGGAUGUGCGCUCUCCGGCCGUGUUGGCACGGUGCGGUGGCGCCAUGAAGGCAAGAGAGGAGGGCAGGCUCCUCGGGACCGGUGCUGUGCCACCGCAAAGCAGCUCUGGAGGAGGAGGAGGAGGAGGAUGGCAGAGCAAUUAGACUUUACCACCUUCAACUGCUAAUUGCUGCAGCACGUUCGUAUCCGGGUGUUGUCCUCUGCCCACACACAGAAGCCCAGAGAGCAAGAAGGGGUGACUUUAUGACGCAUUGGCAAUGCCACACCAUGUCCCCGGAGCUGGAGCUCACCAUCAGCAGAGUGGCUUCAACAGCCGAGUAAACCAUCACGGCACCCUAUGUCGCAGCACCUGCCGGGCACAAGGACCAGCUACAAAAUUCACACCGUUGCUCCCCGGGCACCGGGUUUCCCACCCCGACGAGCCCUCGCCCUUUCGCAGCACGGGGUGUUCCUCUCCCCUCCCACGCUCCGACAAGCCGAUAGAGGUUUCCCCCUUCUCCUGUUGCCACCCCACCACAUACACACCCUGAAAAGUUACCACAGAAGGUUUUCUUUGUAUAGAAUAUUUAUU